CAUUUUCAAACAUGUCGUCUAGUCGUUCUCGAGGAUUACCGGGUACAUCUCAGUAUAGUGAGCGAAGAGAGUUCGAUAGUUUAUUUAGAGCUUUCAACGAAAUGAUGCACCUUACUGUACGAGGAAUUACUUUUGCGACAGAAGCUGCAACAGACCUUGAAGAGGCUGAGGAACAAGAAGAGCUCAAUCAAUUAGAUGUUAUUACGAGAGAUUAUAUUGACCUAGAAAAUCAACUAGCUUUUCAAAGAACUGCGCUUCAUGACCUUAAAAUUCG